GAUACGCUUAUCGAGAGGCGGCAAGCGGUUCCAAAGGUCCCCCUGCAAAAACGAAUUUCCCCCCCAGCGGCGCAUUGUGGUCGCCCUGUGCAGAUUUUUGCUAUCGCAGGGCAGCGGUGCAUAGGCGGGUGACAACGGGGCAGCCACAGCGACCGGGAGUCCGACAACGUGUGCCGCUGGAGAGGACGACGUAAUAUGCUCUCGGCUUUCGCGAUCGCGCGAGCAGCUGUGCGCGUCACCGCAACAUGACGUCCGCGUUCCGCGCACUCCGGUGUUUUUGCUCAUGAUGGGGCGUAUUCGAACGUGGAGGAGGCCGUUGCCCGUCGCGCCGCUCGCAUGGACGGGAUUUUACGUGUUCUUCUGCUGCUCUACGCUGGCGGUGGCGCAGUUGCCCGACACAUGCACGGAACUUCCGGAGCUCAACGUGACAAGGAAUGGAUCUACGAUCAUCUUCCACAGGGCAAGACCCGCAUCUUCCAGUCAAGUGAACGAGACCAGCUGCAUAUGCUAUCCAGUGCUCAGAGACGAACAAGAUUUUGAAAACUUCACGUGUGACAACGCCACCUCCAGCCAUCGUACCUGCGACGCCCUACCAGCCGAUCAAGAUAACAGCGUCGAGGUCGACAUCAGCGAGCAAAUUUCUUCGGGCGAAUCUUCCAUUUGUCAUUUCUCAAACUGCGGGAAAAAGAACUGCAGCAUUUAUGAUGUAACCAAAGACAUCGUAUCAGUCACCGAUCCGAACAUCACGUUGGUGAACCUAUCCACAGCGUUCGUAUCAUGGAGAGUUCAUCAUCCCUACGGGCUACAAGUGGGCAGCUUUAGCGUGACUUGGUGCACAGAAGACGCCAACUGCUCAUCUGAUACGACCUGCUUCGAGAAUGGUCCCCAAUCUAGAGAUCGGAACGUGACGCACACGAAUACAUUCAUAGAAGAGUUGAGCCCGGCUACAAGCUUGAGGCUACGGGUGUCGCCUCUGGGGUUCAAGGGAAGCUCUUCUUUUAGGUGCAUUGAGAUACCCCCCGGAGAACCUGAAAGCAUCAAAGCCUUAAAAGUUUCCCUACACGGAUUGGAUAGCCUUCAAGUGCAAUGGGCACAGCAGGCUUCUUUCAACGCGUCACUGGAUGACUACGAGGUCCGCUACUGCCUCAACGAAGAUGAAGAACGUUGUCCUGAAAACAAGGAGUUAUUCCCCGGCAACUGCAGCAGCAUUGUUUCGGAGGGUGGACUGAAACGGAGCAGCUACAACAUACUUCGUUUGAAGCCGAAGAGUGCGGUUGUUGUUGGAGUAGCCACAACAAGGCGAUACCCAAGUGGAAUUGUAACAACAUCGAAAGAGACUGUGGACUGCUUUAAAACACCCGCUCCUGGUAUCAUCACAGGCCUCCGUGCCCAAGACAUUACCAGCAGGAAUGCCAGAGUGCUGUGGAUGUUCCGUCAAGACGGUUACCAGGAACUUCGACCCGCUUCGUACAAUGUAACGUGGUGUGUCGGGACUGAGCAGCAGUGCCCCUCGAACGUCUCCGCGAGCGCACUGUGCCAGGAUAGCAGCCAAGCCACUGUGAAAACAAGCCAACCCACAACAAACAUGAAUAGUUUGCCGCCAUGGAGUGUGUUAUUGGUGACAGUGCGGGCUAUUUACGCAAAUGGAAGUGAUGAAGUCUUUCUUGGUGAUCCAGUCUCUGGUUGCUUCAAGACGCUCGCAGAAGCUCCCGGAAAGCCACAAGACCUACACGUCACCACGAGUGAAGCUACGAGCGCCAAUAUUGAGUGGACGGAGCCGAGAGUGAAGAACGGUGCACUGGACGGUUACAUCAUCAAGGUGUGUCGAAGGGAAGAGUUGGUGGAAAACAACUGCACGAGAGCUCUGACUCUACAUCUCAUGAUCAAUGACUCAUCGACGACUACGUACAAGUUGGACGGUCUAGAUCCCUGGACUAACUACAGCAUUACUCUAGCUGCGUUCAACAGAGAUGCCGAUGGUUCCGAGAUGGUCAGCGACGUAGCCACGGAGGCGUUUCAUACAGACGCUGUUGCUCCCGCAAAGCCAGAAGACCUACGCGUCACCACGAUUGAAACUACGAGCGCCACUAUUGAGUGGACGGAGCCGAGAGUGAAAAACGGUGUAUUGGACGGUUACAUCAUCAAGGUGUGUCGACGGAAUGAGCCGGUGGAAAACAAGUGCACGGGAGCUCCGACUCUACACAUCAUGAUCAACGACUCAUCGACGACUUCGUACAAGCUAGGACGGUCUAGAUCCGUGGACUAAGUACACCAUUACUCUAGCCGCAUUCAACAGAGAUGCCGAUGGUUCCGAGAUGGUCAGCGACGAAACCACGGAGGUGUUUCAUACGGACGCUGUUGCUCCAGGAAGCGUUACCAGGCUAUCCGUAGUAGAGGUCACCAAUCAUAGCAUCGCUCUGAACUGGAGCAAGCCCGAGUUUGCAGGUGGUGAAGUGGACCAC